AUGUGGGAGUGGAAUGAGGGUUGGGACAGCACCAGCUCUCGGGACAGGUUUCCAGAAGCAGACAAGAGACCGUGGGAGUGUUGCAGUUCAGGGCUCACGACUCCAGCGCCGUUCGGGGUUGCUCCGUGCGUGGCUGAGGUGGCCAAGGCCUGGGAGGGAGCGAGGAGCCAGGAUGAGCAGCCCUGGGUAUGGGUGUGCUGCCACCACAGCGACACCCCUCUGCCUUCCUCCCUCUGCAUCCAGCCUCCUGGGCUGAGGCCAACAUCCCGACUGCGUUACCAGCCGCCCUGUUCCCCUCCAGCGCCGGCAGAUGGGAAGUUCAAGAGUGAGGGUGUUGAGAACUGUGGAGCUGGAGCUGUAAAUAACUGUGAAUAUGAGCAAACCAGAGAUGUGACUGCAGGGGAAGCGGUGCCAUGGUGUGACCAAACUGGAGAGUGGGAGAGAAAACACAAGUUUGGGGCUGGGUCCCCAGACCCCUCCUUCCCUGCUGGCCCCUGGUCUGGGUGCUGUAUGCUGUUCUCCUUCCCCCUGGAUGCCAUCUGUACCUACAGAUUGAAGGGGCAGCCCAGAAAGCAAACCAUGUCCUGGCCUGCAUCGUCAGAAGAGGAGCAGCAAGAGGGUAACUGUACAAAGCUCACAAGCAAAUUCCACACAGGAUUGCAGGAUGCUGCAAGCAUCACUGACAGCCGCUGUGAAGAGGCUGGGUCUGGGUUCGUUUCACAAGUGUGAAAUAAAUUUCAGAGCUCUCAUAUUCAAACCAGCCCAGUAAAUUGCCCUGAAUGAGCACUAAAUGUUGUCUUGUGUAGAGGAACCUGGCAGGCAGCUGAGAAGCCUUCAGGUAAGCAGGGAGAUGUGGGCUUGGGCCACGGAGAGUGGAGCUGACCUGACUGAGGGGCCAAACUUAUUGCUUGGGGGUUGUUUAGUAGUACAUAAUGGAUAUUUAAUAGCACACUGGAUGUGGAGGAGCUGGGGACUGAGAUGAGCUGCAGCAGUUUGUCAAGCCCCACUCCAGGAUGGCAAUGAUGGGACCUCCAGGCUGGGUGAUUCGGAGCUGCUCUGGCUCCACUCCCCUGCUGAGCACAAGGCUGGGAUCAGCUUUAAUGGCUGAUGUGUGGCAGGAAGAAAGGCAAGAAAAAAGGGAGUUUCUCUUCUUAACGCCGAAUGUGCUGUGGAUGAUCCAAGACCAAAGCACAGAGAACAUCAACAGCCAGACUGGGGAACUCCACACUGCAGGAAUUAAGCAUCAUGCCCAGGGUGGACAGCUUGGGCUGAAAAGUUAAUCCUGAUGUAAUCAGAGGCAGUGUUGUAACAGCAAAAUUGUGGAGUCACAAGUCAGAGGGUAAGAUGCCACCAAUGCCAAGUCUUGCAGGAAUGGGACAGGAGUGACAUGUGUAACAAUCUUCCACCUCAUGCUUAAAAGGAUGGAGCAAUAUCCCGGGAGAGCUGGGGAAGGUUUCUCUGUCCACCCAAUGAGGUGUUUGGCCUUGAGGAAC